UGUGAUCCUGAGGAAGGCAGACCGCGGACGGAGGGCAGUGCUGAAAAGUUGUGACCUCAGGAGAGAGGCCUAUUCGCCCCUUGCUGCUCUCCACAGUAAGAGGACACUGGAUAGUCGACUUUGACAACGUUCUGAGGGACACUGGGCACCCCUGAGUCACCAUGGGCAAUGAGAACAGCACCUCGGACCACCAGCAGGAGGAUGUCGGCUCACAUAAUGUCAUCCUGUGGCCUCCAAAGCCUGAACCUCUGCAGAGGACUUCAUCAGCUCCGAGUUCAAGAUCUGUGCAACCACUUGGAGACAGUCAGAGCAUACAAAGGAAGCAAGAGCACUUACCCAGAAGCCCUGACGGUGGGAACUUGUCCAGUGCUGGGUUUGGAUGCUCCCACUCCGCUUCUGAGAGUGCUGCUAGUCGGGAUCCAGGCAUCGUGUCCCCGGAAGUGACUGAGCCAAGGAAGCACCCCCAGGAAGUCAAGGGGCCAGAAGAUUCUCCUCUGCCCGGCCUACCACAGUCCUGGGAGCAGGCGUGCCCCUCGACCUCUAUGCCCUUGGCCGAGUGUCCCCCUGAAGGUGGCUUGGCCUGUCCAGGAGCAGCAUCUGAACAUGGUGCCCUCACCCAGUACCCCAGGAGGGAUCCUUACCCCAAUGUCCCAGGGGACUUGGUGGCAGCACCUACCCCUGAAGGGGACAGCUCUACGCAGCACAAUAUGGCCACUAUCAUCCCCACUGCUGGAGAAGACAACUGGUCCAGUUGCACUGACCACUUGCCAGGGAUUUCCCCAGAGCCUGCCGGGGAGCCAAGGAGCAGGCCACUUCGUGGAGAGGGUGGACAGCCUGGCGGUCUCGAGUCCCAAGGGAAAGAGGGUGCAGAUGGCUGUUUCCCUCCAGGGCCCACCACCAGGGACUCAACUGCUACCUGGCUGGGCAAGGAGAGCUCAGUUGGCCUGGAGGAGUGUCCUCCAAAACCCGAGACCAUGGUACCACAAGAUCCAGUUCUAAGAGCCGCAGACAGAGAAAAAGUGGAGGUGGCACCUCAGUGUUUAGCAGACAACUUGGGAUUUCUCAGGGCCUAUCAUCCCCCCAGCAGCAAUUCAGGGGCUGCCCAUGAAGCAGAAGCAAAUGCUGUCCCCUGGGAGAGCAGCCAGCAGCAAAUGGGAAGACAUCUGCUGCACACAGAGCUGCCAUGUCACCCACUGAGCCCUGCCAGAGCUCUGGAUGGCACUGAUGCUCGGAGGCACACACAGACAGAGACACAAGGAACCAAGUCCAGUCAGGUUGUCCAUGUGGCAGCAGGCAGCCAGCCAGAUUCCAGGAGCCAGCUUCUGAGCAUGGAGCCCACCCCACUUACUCAAAUGGAGGAACUGUGUCUUCCUGCAAGUCCCACUGCACAGCCAGCAGCUCAAAUUUCUGUUGCCACAGAGGGACCCAGCUGGUUGGCCAAGGAGAUGGUUUCUGAGGCUGAGAUGCCAGCUUCUGCAGACCUGGCCACAGAGCUUGCAGAUGCAGAGUUGGUGGGAUGGGAGAAGAAGGCAUCAGAUCUUGGAAGAGAGAGAGAGCAUUCAGAAGGGAGCCUCACAGAGGUUCCUACUCCUUCCCCCCAGGAGAGGGCAGAACUCUGGAACAGGGAGCAAAGCCACACAGCAAGUCCCUCUCCUCAACUCGGAGCUUCAAGUGAAAGUACCAGAAAGGAUGACAUGGGGCCAAAUGAUAGAGCUGAGGCCCCUAAGGACACUGAAAGCCCUGUUGUGGCUAGAGAGGAAAGAUCACCUGGAGAUAGCUCUAGGGGAUGGGAAGAUGCCACAGGAGCACCUAAUGGUGCAGAUCUGAGGAGCCUAGAGAGAGAGGAGUCUCAGGCCUUCGGCUGCAAGCCCAGUGACGCGGUGGACAAAGAUGGAGUUUCAAAGGCCAGUAGCAAUGCAGAGAGCAGAAUUCUUCCCACCCCAGACUCAGCACAACCACCCAAAAAGGGGGUUGCUGGGCACGAGGACUGGCCAGACUCUCAGUUAGCAGAGGCAGCAUGGCAGGUGAUGCCUGAAUCCCAUGUGGCCCAUGCAGCCACCUCACUGCACAAACACCACAACGAGGAACCUGUCCUGCCCCUGGCACCAGGUGGAACUGGUGAGCAUGUUGUUCCUGAAGGAGCCACCUAUGAGAGGCCAAGAUUGCAGACUAAAUGCCCCGAUACACUUCAGGACAGGGGUAGACUGGAAAGAAAGGAGUCUCUUCCUGCUUUAGAAUCUGAGAAAUCAGAUUUCCCGCAAAUGCCUGAUGCAGACAUACCCAAAUCCCAGCAAGUGGAGAGCACACUAGAACUAAAGACAAUGGGCCACCCAUCCCCACAGGGGCCCUGCAGCUGUGAUGGGGAAGGCUUGCUGACAUCCCCAGGCCAGCCUCAUGGGCCAGGGCAUGGUGCAGCUGGACAGGAAGUUCACGGUGAUGUGCCAUAUCCCCCUGAUAGGGAGAAUUCUGCAGUGGAUUGUGGGCCCACGAUGCUCAGUCGGAAGCAAGAUUGUCCAGGGGAACCAUACUGCCCAGGAGACAGCUUGGCAAGAGGAUCUGCAUCCGAGAAGCCCCCACUAUAUUCUGAGAGCCAUCUCAGGCUACCCCAAUCACACCUGGCAGCUUCCUUGUUUGAGAUGCUCAGGGAAAAGACCCAAGCACUUGCAAAUGAGGAGGAGGCUUAUCCAAGAGAUCCAGGUGUUAAGAGCCAGGCUGCAGAUUCCCCCCAAAUCCAUGUACCUCGGGAUGUGAACUUGACCACUCAGGGAGGACAGGAGCAGGCUUCUGGAUCAGAACUUCAAUGUGAGCUCCCCAAAGGCAGUCUGUCUGAGUCUCCAAGUUCAUCUCCCAGGGACAUGGUGCUGGGGGGUACUCCGUCAGAGGAGCCAGAAGGGUCAACCAUAACAGAACAGAAGUUGCCUGCUGGAGGAGAGCAUGGGCAAGAGGGAACAGCUUCUGCAGCUGACACCUUAAAAGACUCUUCCUUUGAAGGGAACCUGGGUGGAAAGGAAAGUUGCUGUGCUGGGCAGGGGUUGAACAAGUCCCAGCUGGAGCUGGUUGAUGCUUUGAAGGCAGAAAGCCAACAUGAAGUACAACCUCCACCCCCGAGCUUUGGUAAGGCAGAGAUGGCAAGUGGAAACACAGUGGAGGCCCCGCCCUGUCUACCUGACUCAGUAGCGCUCCUGGAUGCAGCUCACUGCCUGCCAUCAGCCCCAGAACCUACCAGCCCCAGAGUCACACCCACCCAGGAUGUCCCAGAGAGAGAAGCAUGUGAUGAAACCGAGGAAGUCAGGCAGCAACCAGGGCCAGCCUCACAGGAGGAAAUGGAUGGCUUGGAUACGAUGGAUGCAGAGGUUCAAAAGCCUCUUGGAAGUUUCCCAUCAGCCAAGGAGCAAGUAGCUGAAUGUGGGGCUGCUGAGACUGGUGAAAACACCAGGGAAGGAGAGCCAGGGAUGCAGCAGGCUCCAGAGGGACCAGCAGCCUCUCUAAGUGGUAGCUUCCUUCAGACUGAGCACUGCCUUACCUCCAGGAAAGAAACUUCCACCUCAGCCCUGGGUAAGCCCUGCCAAGCCGAGCAGCUUGUGUCUGGGAGCCAGGAUCCCUUGCUGUCAGCUGGAGAGCUGGGUGGGAUUCUCAGAAGCACUGCAGGCAUUUCUGCGUGUGGAACUGUCCCUGACUCAAAGACACUCCUGCCAUCUGGGCCACCUGAAGAAGCUGUGCCUGACUGCCCUUACCUGCAUAUCGAUGGUGCUGUCAGGAGGGAAGCAGAAGCCAGUGGGGUGGAAGGUGUUUCCAGUGAGGACCCUAGGGCACCUGGCAAAAACCCCUGCCCCACAGAGGAAACUGCCACCUCUGUGGAGCUGUCUGCUGGCUCCCUCAGCUGGCUCUUGCCACCAAGAACUGCAGGUGGGGAAAACUCUAAAGUGCAAGCCCACAGUGGAAGCCCCAAAACCGGAACCACUGAGGGACCAGUGGACUCCACAUCCUAUCUGGCCAGCAUGGCUUUUAUGGCCGAUGGUAAGCAGAUGACAGGGGAGGAACAGGCAGUUCCACCUCCACAUGCAGGCACCAAGCCCUGUGAGAUUGCAGCAUGCCCUGCCAAUGAGGAUGGCAUGGCAGGUGACACAGCACAAGAGACAGAGAGUAGUGGGGAGAGAACAGUGCAGCUUUCCCCAGAUCCAAGGAGGGGUGCAUCAGGUGGUGUGGGUGCAAGCUCCAAGCAGACCAGCACCAUCUCUGGGCUACCUGACUUCAGGGAGCACAUCACAAAGAUCUUUGAGCAGUCUGUGCUCGGAGCCCUGGCCACCGACCGGCCCCAGAGUGAACCUGGUGAAAAGGUAGGAGUGGGGAGGAGUGCAGUGGGCAAGGACCUCACCCUAAUGCUAAGGCAAGAGAAGCUUCUAGAUGGGACACAAGGAGUGGCCACUGCCCCUUUCCCUGCACUUCCUGCUGGACUCUGGGUGGAGAAGAAGCAAAAGCUGGCUAUCGAGGCUGAGACUUUCCAUUUGGUUUCCCAGGAUGCAGCUUCAGACAAGCUGCCAGGUCUUAUGGGGCCAGCCUUGGGGCAGAACCUGCCAGGUGCCAGUGUUGAAAAGGAAGUGACCUGUGUCCCACUGAUAGCGAGUAGAAGCAAGAGGCUAGAGGAAUCCGGGGAGGCCUGGCCAGGUCUAGGAGGCCAGGCUCACUUACAAGGGGAGCAGGAAUUAGCUUCAGGGCUUUCCUCACCCGUGGCUGCCCAUGGGCUGUCUGUAGAGAGAGCUGCUGACUUCCAGGUGGCUCCUGAGAGCCAUGGUGAAGAGGCCAUGAUUCAAGGUCACAGAAUUCCUUCUGGAAAAGAGCAGCUGGAAACAUUGGCCUGUGACACUCAACACAGAGAUGAUACCAGGAAUUUUGUUCUCAUAGAAGGCUCAGGUGAUGUGCCAAGAUCUACCUGUGCCCUUGACCUCUCUUCUCCACUUGGGGAUUUUUUGACUGUUCCUGAGGCUAACAGUGAGCCCUGGACCCCUAGUACCCUUGGGGGAGAGAAGAAACCUGAAGCUGAUGCCAGCAUCAUAGAAAUGCAAAAUGUCCCCAGUCACCAGGGCACCCCUGAGUCACCACCUGCAGAAGUGUCAGAAGCUUCCCUGGGGCCCGGCAAGGUGGCAGGAGCUGCUGGGAUAGCAGAGGGUGACAUCAGAUGGAUUACAGCUGAGACAGGGGCACGUGCCUCUGGUGACCUGCCUGAAACAGGUACUACCAGGGUACUCUCUGGUGUGGUUCAUGACUCAGUGCUUCCAGGGAGCUGUCAGGACCCAGUUUGCUCUGACAGGGCUCAGGGGAUGGAAGACACAGCCACCCUGCAAAGGGACAGUCUGGCUGGGCACCAGCAAGCCAAGAAGCAGCCAGGGCCUGAGCUCCCUGCUCCAGUCGGGAACGGGAAAGUGUGUGUCUGCUCAUCUCCAGAGACUGGUGAAGCUGGAGACCGGAAGCUGCAACUCUUGGCUCUGGGAGAGCUCAGCACUGACAGCUUACCAGUAGCCCAUGACAUCAUCCAGUGUGAGGACUCCACAGACCUGGGAAACCCACCCUUAGCUGCCGCUUCCCACCAAGGUGACACCGCCAGCCAGGUCCCUACAGACCUGACAGCUCAGAGCACCUCCCCAGCUGCUGCCCAUGCGGGGUCAGAACAUGCAGCCUCAGAACACGCAGCUUCGCCUUCCACCCCAGCUGGCCAUGGAGUAGAAGCCUCCACCACCUCCAACCAGGAUCUGCCCAAGGACAUCAGCAGGAGUUCUGAUUCUGAAGAAGCAUUUGAGACCCCGGAGUCCACAACCCCUGUCAAAGCUCCACCUGCCCCACCCCCACCGCCCCCCGACGUCAUCCCAGAACCUGAGGUCAUCGCACCACCAGUCCCGGAAGAACCAGGAUGCAGUUCUGAGACGGUUGCCGUCCCCGAUGGCCCACGCAGUGACUCAGUGGAAGGAAGUCCUUUCCGACCUUCCCACUCCACCUCUGCCGUCUUUGAUGAAGACAAGCCGAUAGCCAGCAGCGGGACUUACAACCUAGAUUUUGACAACAUUGAGCUGGUGGAUAAUUUGCAAAGCUUGGAGCCCCGCUCCUUAGACUGUAAUAAGGGUCAGGAGUGUAAGGUGAGCACGCGGAGGAAGUCCACGGAGUCUGUGCCACCCUCCAAGUCUACACUGUCCCGAUCGCUCAGCCUGCAAGCCAGUGACUUUGAUGGUGUUUCCUGCCCCGGCAGUCCCGAGGCCGUGGCCCUCGCCCCUGAUGCAUGCAGCACGGGGUCCAGCAGUGCAUCCAGUACCCUUAAGAGAACUAAAAAACCACGGCCACCUUCCUUAAAAAAGAAACAGACCAGCAAAAAACCCUCAGAAACCCCCCCAGUGAAGGAGACCCAGCAAGAGCCAGCCGAGGAGAGUCCAGUCCCCAGCGAAGAGCACCUGGCCUCUGAGACAAAGACGGAGUUGGCCACAGCGGAGGGUUCUGGGUCCACCUUGUUGGAGGAGACACCCUUGGAGCCCAUUGCUGUGCCCAAAGCUGCCUGUUCUCUGGACCUGGAGGCUGCAGAGGACAUUGGGCCUCCAGUUUCCGGAGGUGCCAGAGUGCAGAACUCACCCCCCAUUGGGAGGAAAACAGUGCCUCUUACCACGGCCCCCGAGGCUGUGGAGGUGACCCCAUUGGAUAGUGGGGGACAGGAGGAUUCCCCAGCCAAAGGGCUGUCGGUGAGGCUGGAGUUCGACUAUUCUGAGGAUAAGAGUGGUUGGGACAAUCAGCAAGAAAACCCCCCUCCUACCAAAAAGAUAGGCAAGAAGCCAGUUGCCAAAAUGCCCCUAAGGAGGCCAAAGAUGAAAAAGACACCCGAGAAACUUGACAACGCCCCUGCCUCGCCUACCAGAUCCCCUGCUGAACCCAAUGACAUCCCUAUUGCUAAAGGUACCUACACCUUUGAUAUUGAUAAGUGGGACGACCCCAAUUUUAACCCCUUUUCUUCCACCUCAAAAAUGCAGGAGUCUCCCAAACUGCCCCAGCAAUCAUACAACUUUGACCCAGAUGCCUGUGAUGAUUCCCUUGACCCCUUUAAGACGUCCUCUAAGACCCCCAGCUCACCUUCUAAAUCCCCAGCCUCUUUUGAGAUCCCAGCCAGUGUCAUCGAAGCCAAUGGAGUGGAUGGGGAUGGGCUGAACAAGCCCGCCAAGAAGAAGAAGACGCCCCUCAAGACUGACACAUUUAGGGUGAAAAAGUCGCCAAAACGGUCCCCUCUCUCUGAUCCACCUUCUCAGGACCCCACUCCAGCCUCAACACCAGAAGCACCACCUGUGAUUGCCACGGUGGUCCAUGCAACAGAUGAAGAAAAGCUGGCAGUCACCAAUCAGAAGUGGACGUGCAUGACAGUGGACUUGGAGGCUGACAAACAGGACUUCCCACAGCCCUCAGACCUGUCCACCUUUGUAAAUGAAACCAAAUUCAAUUCACCCACGGAGGAGUUGGAUUACAGAAGCUCCUAUGAAAUUGAAUAUAUGGAAAAGAUUGGCUCUUCCUUACCUCAGGACGAUGACGCCCCGAAGAAGCAGGCGUUGUAUCUUAUGUUUGAUGCUUCUCAGGAGAGCCCCAUCAAGUCUCCUCCAGUCCGGAUGUCCGACUCCCCAACGCCAUGUUCAGGGUCAAGUUUUGAGGAGAUGGAAGCCCUUGUGAAUGCUGCAGCAAAAAUCCAGCAUCCUGUUGCACGUGGACUGGCCUCCAACCAGGAGCCUCACUUGCAGGUUCCAGAGAAAUCAUCCCAGAAGGAGCUGGAGGCCAUGGCCUUGGGUACCCCUUCAGAGGCAAUUGAAAUCACAGCUCCGGAGGCUGCCUUUGCCUCUGCUGAUGCCCUCCUCAGCAGGCUGGCUCAUCCUGCCUCUCUCUGUGGUGCUCUUGACUAUCUGGAACCCGACUUAGCAGAAAAGAACCCCCCAGUAUUUGCUCAGAAACUUCAGGAGGAGUUAGAGCUUGCCAUCAUGAGGAUCGAAGCCCUGAAGCUGGCCAGGCAGAUUGCCCUGGCUUCCCGCAGCCGCCAGGACACCAAGAGAGAGGCUGCUCACACUCCAGAUGUCUCCAUCUCUAAAACCGCCUUGUACUCCCGCAUUGGAACCACUGAGGUUGAGAAACCCACAGGCCUUCUGUUCCAGCAGUCGGACCUGGACUCUGCGCUGCAGGUGGCCAGAGCAGAGGUCAUUAGCAAGGAGAGGGAGGUCUCAGAGUGGAAAGAUAAAUAUGAAGAAAGCAGGCGGGAGGUCAUGGAAAUGAGGAAAAUCGUGGCAGAGUAUGAGAAGACCAUUGCACAGAUGAUAGAGGAUGAACAGAGAGAGAAGUCAGUCUCCCACCAAACUGUACAGCAGCUGGUCCUGGAGAAGGAGCAAGCCCUGGCUGACCUGAACUCUGUGGAGAAGUCUCUGGCUGACCUCUUUAGGAGAUACGAGAAGAUGAAGGAAGUCCUGGAAGGCUUCCGCAAGAAUGAAGAAGUGCUAAAGAAAUGUGCACAGGAGUACCUGUCCCGAGUAAAGAAAGAGGAGCAGAGGUACCAGGCCCUGAAGGUGCACGCAGAGGAGAAACUGGACAGGGCCAAUGCUGAGAUUGCCCAGGUUCGAGGCAAAGCCCAGCAGGAGCAGGCUGCCUACCAGGCCAGCCUGCGGAAGGAGCAGCUACGAGUGGACGCUCUGGAAAGAACACUGGAGCAGAAGAAUAAGGAGAUAGAAGAACUCACCAAGAUUUGUGAUGAACUGAUUGCCAAAAUGGGAAAGAGCUAACUUUUGAACCAAAUGCUCAGACUUGACCGUUGCGUGCAAUAUGACCGUCAGCUGUCCUUCCCGUUACACGGACAGGUUGUUUUCAUGUUUGUAUGCACUACUGUAUUUCCUUUCUAAAUAGGGUUGAUCUGGCUGUGUGCAGAACCAAGGAGGCUGUUGGGAUGUCUUGCUAUUGGUUUGCAUUCUCCUAGUCUGAUUCAUAGCAAGUGGACCUCAGAGUUCCUGUAUCAGGGAGAUUGUCUGAUUCUCUAGUAAAGGACAAAUUGCUGACCUUGGCCUUGCCCUUUGUACCCGGAUUCCCAGGGUGAGCAGCAUUUGAUUUCAUAUGAGCAUGUACAGCGUGCAUAGGGACUCUUGCCUUAAGGAGUGUAAACUUGACCUGCAUUUGCUAAUUUGUUUUAAAAAAAAUGCAUGUUUCCAACAAAAUUCUCUACUGUAAAUAAAGUUUUUUCUUUGGAUCUUGGCAAU